AUGUUCCCAGAUGACCCGGACGCGAGAGGCCACGCCGGUGAGCGAGAGGACCGUGCCCUGCUCCCACCGGCCAGGGGUGGUGGUGGUGGUGGUGCGGACGGGGACGGUGACGGUGACGCGGCCGGGGCCGGGGCGGGAGCACCACCGCCCGGAUGCCUUGGAUUUCUGGGCAGUUGGCGGCGCCGCCGGUCAAGGAUCUCUUCGACGACGGGCGCCAAAGACUUGCAGGAACAGACUGGUGAAUUCCCUAGGCAGCAAGUGCUGAAAGAACUACCCCUGCAGGGAGCCGUCGCUGAGAUUCCGGCUGAGCUUCCCAAGCACCAGCGAGUGACGACAGAUGGUACCAAACCUGAAGGUGAAGCUGAGCUCAAGGAGCUCCCUACUGAUGUAGAUUGUCUGAUUAUCUCCAAGCUAAUGUCCUGGACCGAUAGAUGUUCCCUAGAGAGCGUAUCCCACAGCUGGCGUAGCUCUACAAGGCAGUGCGUCAACCCACCUCUCCCCUUGAUCGUGAAUGCUGAUUUUACAAUCAGCAACUGCUUCGCCAAUGGUCUCCGGUCCGCGCCUCUCGCGAUGAAUUCUCGCGUGCCCCACCCUCCCGGCCAUGAGGUGACUUGCUUGGGAUCCCUGGGAAACUGGGCUGUGUUUGCUUAUGAUGAGUGGAACCCUGAGGGAGAUCUUGCUUUGCCACACAGCUUGUGUUAUCUGAUCCAUCCCAUGAAAGGAAACGACUUCAUCUUACCCAGUCCAUGCUCUUCUGACAAGGAAGCUUUCUCUGGUUCCCUACAAAUUGUAGAUGGCAAUGGACAAUUUACCUUCUACCAACCUGUCAAAACAAGUAGCCUGAGAUUGAAAAAAGUUGUCCUGUCUCAGUCAUCAAGCCCUGCUGAUAGCAACAUAGUCGGCCUAGCAACACAGAGGGGAGAGCAGCACAUCGUCUUCAGUACACCUGGUAUGUCGUCUUGGUAUAUCUGCUCAGCCGAGUUCAUUACUGUUGGAAGCGAUGUGGAGUUCCUAAAUGACAAGGUGAUUAUUCUUGGCAACAAUCAAGAAUCCAUCUUCCAAAUUGAUUUUGGUCCAAAUAUGAGCUUCUUUCCGGUCCUCUGUGAGGUGAGAAUGUGCAUGGCCCUGGAGUUGCCUGAAAUCGACAACACUCAUAGGCAGCUGAACCUUGUCCGAUCCAGUGGCGGCGGCUUGUUGCUUGUAUCUAGAUACUUCACACUCAACUGGGAGGAGCUGACUGCAGUUAGGGUCUUUCAGUUGGAUCCUUCAAAUUGGACCUGGCAGGAGAUUGAGAGCUUGGGAGCAUUCAGUAUACUGAUCAGCCUAUCAAGCAGCCAGUCCAUCUCUGCACCUGGGCAGAGUGACCCAAAAGCGGACCAUAUCUACUUCCUUGAUCAGUUCUGUCCAAACUUCUUACCAGGUGAAAACGACAACUUCUCGUAUCGCUCGCAGGUUUACAGCCUGAAGGAUGGGACCGUGAGCGAACUGUUGAUUGGAAGACGUCGAGGCAACCACAGACCGGGCUUUCCGAUGUGGUUCUUUCCAGCAGAAUAGGAUGGCCGCAAGGCGGUGCUGUGAACUCCAGUACGACAUCUGGUUCUCUAUCUAGAAUAUUUUUGGUGGAUUUGGUGCACAGACACAUGUCUGAAUGUGUAAUGUAAUGCGUUGGUUUAUCGUCAGACCGUCUCGGAUGGAUGGAUUUGCUGUCUAAAGCUCGUCAGCAAGUGUUAGUGGUUGUUCCGGUUUCAUGUUUGUAUUGCUGUAUGUGAAUCUUGAAUUGUGACCUGUUCUAGACCAUGCAAAUCUGAAAUGCGACUACGGUUGUGAGGUAUCAGCAUCA